AUGUCCAUAGCCGCUAUUCUAGCUCUAGGUAUUCUUGCCGGAGUGAGUGCGAUGAUCCGCAUUCCAUACCUCCAAGAGCUCAAAUUCACGAAUGACUACCUCUAUAUCGCAGCAUACGUCAACAUCUGGUCCACCGUUGAAGCUGGGCUCGGUAUCAUCGCAGCCUCUGCAUACACGCUCCGCCCGCUCUUCCGCUCCUUUUUACGAGGUUACUCCCACUCGAACCGGGCCGGGCACAUGUAG